UGCGGACAGCGCGGGGUUCUCGGCGCCGUGAGGGAGCGGAGCCGCCAUGUUGGCCCCGGGGGCGGCGGGACGGGUGCUGAGCCGGGCCCUGAGCCUGAGCCACGGCCCGGGCUCGGUGGUGGUGCAGCGCGUGUGGCCGGUGCCGCUGGGCCGGGCGGGCGCGGCGCCCCGGCUGCACCCGCGGCGGCACCGCGUGUUCCGGCUGCUGCGGGACGGGAAGCACCGGCCCCGCGGCGACAUGGAGCUGCUGCUGAGCCGCGCCGUGCAGGAUCUGGGCAGCCGUGGGGACGUGGUGAGCGUGAGGAAGAGCCUGGGCAGGAACAAGCUCCUUCCCCAGGGCCUGGCCGUGUACCCAUCCCCGGAAAACCUCCGCGUCUUCCAGGAGGAGAAGGAGCUGGCGCAGCAGGGGAAGCUGAAGGAGCCCCAAACCCAGAGCGGGCAGAAGACCCUGGAAUUCCUGCGGCGCUGCCGGCUCCAGGUGGGGAUGAAGAACAACGUGAGCUGGGAGCUCAGCCCCGACAUCGUGGCCCGGCACUUCCUCAAGAACCUCGGGGUGUCCGUGCCCCCCCAGGCCCUGCGCCUGCCCCCGGAGCCCAUCACGCGCUGGGGACACUUCUGGUGUGACGUCACGGUGAACGGUUUGGACACGGUGCGGGUGCCCAUGGACGUGGUGCAGUUCCUGCACCCCAAAACCAAACGCUUCCGGCACUGGCGGGAGCAGCAGCAGCAGCAGCUGGAGAGCAGCAGGGAGCAGCACCUGUGACCCCCCCAGGGAUUUGGGGUCCUCCCCCGAGGGAUUUGGGGUCCCCCCCCAAAGGAUUUGGGGUCCCAUGGAAGGAUUUGUCACCCUUCCCCCCCUCUUUGGCACUCCCAUCACCUCUGUGGAACUCCUGGACAUCUCUGCAUUCCCAGAGCAGGAUUUUGGGGUUCUUUUGAGCCCCCCCAAAUCCCCCUGAGCCCCACUCUGGUGUGGGGGCACCCCCGGGAUGGAUUUGGGGUCCCCGGGAUGGAUUUGGGGUCAUUCCCCCCCUUGGGACCAUUUUCACCUGUGGAAAAAGGGGGUUCCGUGGAAAUUUGGGGGGGGUCUCAGAGGUUUUGGGGGGCUGUGGAAUUCCUAUGACACCCCCGGGACCCCUCCUUGAACCCCAAAAUCUUGGGGGGACUCCUAGGAUGGAUUUGGGGUCCCUGGGAUGGAUUUAGGGGGGGUUCCCCCCUUUGGGAACCCUUGUGGAGCUCCAGGGUCUGGAGCAGGAAUCCCCCCGGAAAAGGGGGACCAGGAUUUUUUGGGGGAUCUCAGGAUUUUGGGGGGCUCUCAGGAUUUUGGGAGCUGUAGGAUUUGGGGAAGAAAAGGCCAAAAACUCCUGGGAGUUUUUCCUCCCGCUGAAAAAAAAAAAAAAAAAAAGGGAUUUUUGGGAUCCGAA